GAAUCACCAGGUUUGAUCUACUUGGAGACUUUGGAAGGUUUAAUUGGCUGGGAAACUUCUAUAUCGUAUUAUCUUACAAUUUGCUCUUUGCCAUUGUUACAACAUUGUGCUUGGUCAGAAAAUUCACCUCUGCUGUGCGAGAAGAACUGUUCAAGGCCCUAGGGCUUCAUAAACUUCACUUAUCAAACACUUCAAGGGAUUCAGAAACAACAAAACCUUCUGCAAAUGGGCAUCAGAAAGCACUGUGAGACCCACAGCUGGCACCAUUCUGCAAGCAAGAGCCUGGGCCUCCAAACUCAUGGCAUUCCUGCACCCAGAGCGCUUUCAUCCUGACCGUGGCUCAUGUUUAGAGCCUGGGCUGCCAAACCCACUAAGAACUUGGCUAUUGCUGAACUUCUUUUUUAAGGUGAACUUUUGGGUGACCCCAUAGUUGCAGUUACAUGCAGAGUCUUAGGCAUGGUGGAAAAAGCACUCUGUCUGCAGAUGUGUGCUCCUGUCAGCAACAGCCAUCCAGAUAGAAAUUCUCAACCGACAUGAAACAUGUUAGAAAGGGCAAACUCAGAACCUUCCCAAAGCUUUGCUUGAAGCUGUGCUAUGUUCUGUUCUGCCAGGGGGAGGUCUGGAAGGUGUCAUGCCACAGGACUUGCAGUUUUCCCAUUCUGGACAAACUGGCCAUUAUUGCACGGGAACUGUAGUAUUGGCACUAAUAUUUUCUAUUUCCUUAGAAAAACAAAAGCAUAGUUUCUGAUUUAUGUUACAUAAUAUUUGUCAGACUUUGAGCCAAGGGAAGAGUACUAAAUUCGUUUAAAACCUGAGCCUUGGUGGGAAGCCAAGCAAUGUCUUAGGAAAUGUCAUAUGAGCACAGUUAAGGGACAGUGUGUGUGUAUGUAACUCAGCAUUACCUCUCACAACCUCGUUGCCAGUGUUGAGCACACUCGUAACUGAGAUUUUGCCUUAUAGGCUCUAUGUACAACACUUUUUAAAAGCAUUUUUUUUCAAAGAUGACUUAAUCCGCUGUGUUUGUGAUGCUUAUGGAAAUAUAAGUGCCGAGUGGUAGAAACUCCGUCUUUGCUCUUCAGGCUCUGGGUACUUUUUAUAUGCCAGUUUAAGCCUCCAACUUACAAAAGUUACCCGUUUAAUGCCCAGAGAUCCCAAGGUCAUUGUUCUCCAUGUAAGAAUAGGUUUGCAGGGUAGUAUGAUCUGAUAAUCAUUGGGUUAUUAAGUUGUAAAUAAUUGUUGGGAUGGUUUCCCAACUCUUAGGUCUGCUGUGUGAAAACCACGAACAUAUGCCUUGUGUUACCUUCGUGAGGACGGGACACCCAUAGCUGUGCACGCAGACCACAAGGUCAUGCACUUGCCCACAGCAGCGCACAACUGUGCAACCUGUGAAUGUGUGUGUCCUGUGUGCUGUGGGUAUGGCAAUCUCUUGUUGAGUUUAGAGGGUUUUUUGGAGAAAUUUUUGAAAAUAGGCUGUAUCUAUUUUGACAUAAAAAUUUUACUUAGAAGCAAAAUAGGCUCCAUUGAGUAUAUGACUCCUUUAUUUAUACCUUUACAUUUUCUUCUGAGUGUCUCAUGUUUUCAAAUGCAGUGUAGGGGCUGUGGAGUGGCUCAGGCGGCAGGGAGAGCAUCUGCCUAGCAAGAAUGAGGCCCUGAGUUCAAACCUCAGUACCACCAAAAAUAAAUAAUUAAGUAAAUGCAGUUUAGUUUUAAAAUAGAAGAACGUUCAUGUUUUGGUUCCCAGUGACACUGUGCACCUCCCACUUGGUGGGUUUCUUACUUAGUGUAUAAUCCAUGCAGAAUUGUCUAGAAAAUUAAUGAAAAUGUCACUGUUAAUUAUGUUACUUUAGCAUUAAUUGCAAGGUUUGAUUUUUAUUGGAACUUGGAAUCCAUACUUUGAGCAGACCAAUGAGAGAAAGAGACUCAGGAGCAUAUAAAAUUACCUUCAACUUACACAUUUAGGACAUAUCCAAAGAUAGUUCCUGAGUAUUUGUAGGAUGCCUGAAAAGUUUUAUUGGAAUAAUAAGGUUUAUAAUGUCUGUCUCAAUUUUUUAUUCAUUUGAAAGUUCCUUUCCAUCUGAGGACUCAGGCCAGGUCUGGGCAGUAAGCUUAGGAAAACGAGUGCUUAAUCCUAUAGCACUUAUGAGAUGAUGCACCUUUACUGCCGUGGAAGCAGAGGCUGAGCAUUGAGUGGAAGGUACUCACUGUCACCUUGAGUCUCAAUUCCCUUGGUUGUUGAUGUGCUGCAGAAUCAACACCCUGUGAGGCUCUGGUCCUAGUCACAAACCUCAGAGACUCCUGUGGAGCGAGAGGUCCAUACCAGGGGCAGGUUCUGCAUGGGACACGUGUUGGAGGCCAGCUUGUGAGGCACCCACAGAAGCACUUGGCACACACUGAGGCUGCAUGCUGAGUGCUGGGAAGGACAGGCACUUUUAGGAGCCUUCCUUGUAUUGCAGUUGUGUCUAAGAAAGAGAAGACGGAUAGGCCCAGAAGACAGCAUUGCAAAUGCUCACAGGCAGUUACGGAGCUGCUGUCUUUCUUCCGACUGCACGGGGCUGCACCGUGGUGUUAUCACGUCACACGCGGCCUUCCUGGCCUCUCCCCUGAGCUUCCGCCGCAAAGGGCAUAAGCACUGGAGUCAAGAGUUUGUUGAGAGGGACUUCAUGGUUCUUAUCAUAAACAGUUUUGCAGUAUUUAAACAAAUUAUUUUACAACUACAAAUUUUAUAGAGUAUAACAUUUAUAUUGGUUUUUACUGAUUUUCCAGAAUAUUUCUUAGAUUUAAUAUUUACGUAGCUUUAUGUACAUUCUAUGUAAAGAUAGACCUGCUCUAAAUGUGAGACUUUAUGUGAAACUGUGUGCACAUACCUGUUGGGUCCUUGACUUGCUGCUCUGGGGAGCUGGCUGGUGGGUCAGAGUGAAACCUUUCUGUUGGGUCUUUCACCCAUGUCAGUGGCACGUGCGACAGUGCUACCUGAGAUAGUGCUGUUGGCUGUCCCUGCAGCUUCAGUAACGACUUAACAGCGCCAGG